AUGCCGACGCCGUCACCUCCACGUCAACAUCGGUACUCAACGCGGUCCUCGCCCGUGACUCCUGUGCCUUCCCCACCUUCGACCAACGACAACUUGCUGCGCAUUCGUGAGGACAUCAAUGUCAAGAACACCGUUAUUGGACGAGACAGCAACGGCAGACGCCUCGCACAGCAUGUCUUCGAAGGACCAAACUGGAACACUCUUAAGGAGACCAUAUUCUCGCACUGCCUCCCAUACAUGAAGUACAAGGCGUGCUACGAAGGUGAUGCAGGGGUGUGGACUGUUCAACAAGAGAAGCCAACGGUUGUUGAUUUCGACUGCUUCGUCUCCAUCAAGAUGGGGAGAUACUUCUUCAAACCGGCGAACCAAAGCCAGGCCCAUCGAUACAUCACAGACCACCAAUCGGACACUUUCACAAUCUCAGUACUCAAGUGGGGCAACCUCGUUUGCUCGUCAAACGAUCUGGCGUCGUUCAAUCAGCAAUGUAUUCAUCCACAAGUGCAUGACCGUGCUGGAGCUGCUGCAGAGAGUGCACACAGCGAGAUGGUCCGUCGGCUGAAGGACAAAUGGGGGGCGACAUACACAUCGUAUGAGGCAAACUGGCGGAUGUGGGCCGCAACAAUUCUCAAGCUCUCAUUAUUUCAGCACGAUGUUCACGUUGCCAACCCUCCUCCAGCAAUUAUGUUGCAUCUGUUCUCGCCCGUUCCGAAUGGCGCCCAACAGCGCAAUGAGACUGUUCAGCGGAGCAUGAUUGUUGCUCGCGACAUUGUCGACUCGUGCUUGGAGAGUUGUGCUACACUGAAGAGGUUUGUUAGUGAUGUUGUGCUGCGUAUUGAGGCAGACGAAGCAUCAUUGCGUGCGAAGCGCCGCGUUAUUGAAGGUAUUUUGCAAGAAGUCACCCCAAUUGCUGCUCGACCGGACCUGGUUGAAUUGCUUCGAACUAUUCCAAACAUUGAGGAUGAGGAGCAUAAAGACGAAGCCAAUGAAUAA